CUCCCCACGUGAGGCGAUAGACUAGGCAAAGAAAGUAAGUUUCCUGCGUUUGUGACUCUUUCUGACUGUUAUUUUUGUUAUUACUAUUGUUUGCCGCUAAAAUGUAAUUCACAUUCUGAAUUCAUGUUAAACUUACCUACUUUUUAUAAGAAAAUUGAAUUUGUUCACCUGUAUUGUGACCUAUUUCAUGUCUCCUCCCUCCAACUCGACCCUUUACACUGGCUCUUGGGGUUUUUCUGCCUUCACUGCUCGAUCUGGCCCGGGCCACUGACCGCCUGCUGCCCUGCCUGCUGGGGAAUGAAGACAGGGUCAGUCCCUGACCUCAGGAGGCGGACCUGUGAACGCAGGAGCAAAAUCUCUUCAAGGCUUCCAAGAGGAAAAGUAGGCCACCACAUCUGGGAAUUACAGUUUAUGCUUGGAAACGCAAAAGAGAGAAUAAACAUUUAAAGACCUUCCGGAGACCUGGAGGAUGGCCUUUUCUAUGGGUGCUGGAGCAGCAGCUUACAAUGAAAAAUCAGGGACUGAUGCUCUUGGAGAAAACUAUAGUUGGAAAAUUCCCAUUAAUCACAGUGACUUCAGAAUUUUAAAAAAUAAUGAGAGUCUGCUGUGUGAAGUCCUCCAGAAUAAGUUUGGCUGUAUCUCUACCCUGGUCUCUCCAGUCCUGGAAAGUAACACCAAGUCCCUGCGAGUCUUCAGUACAAUGCUGACUCCUGAGUUAGAGUUAUCUGUCUGGAAGGAUGACCUCACCAGACAUGCUGUUGAUGCUGUGGUGAAUGCAGCCAAUGAAGAACUUCUACAUGGGGGAGGCCUGGCUCUGGCCCUGGUGAAGGCUGGUGGCCUUGAAAUCCAAGAGGAGAGCAGAAGAUUUGUUGCCAAAUUUGGUAAAAUACCAGUUGGUGAGAUAGCUGUCACGCAAGCAGGGAAGCUUCCCUGCACGUGGAUUAUCCAUGCUGUUGGGCCUCGGUGGGUGGAAUGGGAUAGACAGGGAUGUAUCCAUAAGCUGCAAAAGGCCAUUGUAAGUAUUCUGAAUUAUGUUGGUCGUGACCACAACAUUAAGACAGUAGCGAUUCCAGCUGUGAGCUCAGGGAUUUUCCAAUUCCCUCUGGAUUUGUGUACACAGACCAUUGUAAACACUAUCAAGACUUAUUUCCAAGAGAAGCAAGUGGCCAGUAAUUUGAAAGAAAUUCACCUGGUGAGCAAUGAGGACCCUACUGUUGCUGCCUUUAAAACGGCUUCAAAACUCAUCCUUGGGAAGAAUAAACUAGGAUCCUGGAUGAAUCAAGAAGCCACCACCCAUCCUUUCAGUAUUAGGGUCACGAACAACCUCAUGCUCCAGAUUGUCCAGGGCCACAUUGAAAUGCAGAACACAGAUGUAAUUGUUAAUUCUGUAAACCCACCUGGUCUUAAAGUUGGACCUGUGUCAAAAUCAAUUCUACGACAUGCAGGAGAUGAAUUGGAAAGAGAAUUUGACAAAAAUUAUAAGCUGUUUCUAGGUUCCCAGUUGGUACUGGUCACGAAAGGAUUUAAAUUGCCCUGUAAAUAUAUAUACCAUGUAUUGUGGCAAUCAAGCUACCCUAAACAUCUGAUAUUGAGAAAUGCAGUGAAGAAGUGUUUGGAAAAAUGUAUUGAGCUAAAUGUAACUUCCAUAUCCUUUCCUGCCCUUGGGACUGGAUGCAUUAACAUAGACAAGGAUACAGCAGCAGAUAUUAUGUUUGAUGAAGUUUUAACAUUUGCCAAAGACAAUUCGAAAAAACACUUAGUCAUAAAGUUUGUGAUUUUUCCACAAGAACCGGAAAUAUAUAAGGCUUUCAGUGCUGAAAUGGUAAAGAAAUCCAAGAUGCUGGAUCUCAACAAUAAGAGUUUCCCCCAGUGGGUAAAAGAGGAGAAAAGGGAAAAUGGGCUUGAAGAUGGAUCGCCUGCCAUCAACCUGAUGGGACUCAACAAAGAAGAGAUGUUUGAGGCCAGUGCAUGGAUCCAAAGGAUACUGACCCUCCAGGACCACCACAUCAUUGAGAAUAAUCAUAUUCUCUACCUUGGGAAAAAGGAACAUGACAUUUUGUCUCAGCUUCAGGAAACCUCAAGUGUCUUUAUCUCAGAGAAUAUCAGUCCGGGAAAGGCAAAUUUAGAGAUUAAAGGAGCCCGUGCUGACCUCCUUGAGGUGGUUAUGAACAUUGAAUGUAUGCUGUGUGAAGUUCAGGAGGAAGUGGCAAGAAAAAGGGAGCAAGGCCUUUGGAUCUUGUCAGGACAAUGGACUGAUCAGCAAUCAAAAAACCAGGAUGAAAUGAAACAAAAUAUCACAUUUCUGAAAUGUACAGUGCCUUUAAGUCCAGAACUUCAGGAUCAAGAGAAACAAUUUGCAAAAUGUGGUUUGCAGGUUAUAAAGGUGGAGAAGAUAGACAAUGCGAUUCUCUUGGCUGCCUUCCAAAGAAAGAAGAAAAUGAUGGAAGGGAGAUCAUGUAGGAAACCUGUGAGCCGCAGAUUGUUUCAACAAGUCCCACACCAGUUCUGCAACGUGGUAUGCAGAGUUGGCUUUCAAAGAAUGUACUCGGUGCUCAGUGACCCAAAAUAUGGAGCUGGCAUAUACUUUACCAAGAACCUCAAAAACCUAGCAGACGAGGUCAAGAAAACGUCCACAACACAUAAGCUGAUCUAUGUGUUUGAGGCUGAAGUACUCACAGGCUCCUUCUGCCAGGGUCAUCGGUCAAAUAUUGUUCCCCCACCACUGAGUCCUGGAGCCAUAGAUGGUCAUGACAGCGUGGUUGACAAUGUCUCCAGCCCUGAAACUUUUGCUAUUUUUAGUGGCAUACAGGCUAUGCCUCAGUAUUUGUGGACUUGCAUCUGGGAUUAUGUAAAGACACAGGAUUACUCAUCACAACCAAUAAUGUCCUCUUCACAGCCACCUUGGGGGAAAUUGUCAAGUGGCAGCUCUGUUGAUUAAUCUCCACAUCAUUUUAACAAUUGGC